UGAGAGCUAUCUGAUCAUCAGCGCUAGGAAUUGAAACUGAAAUCUGACACCAGAGCCUGGAGCCGGUGCUGCGCGCCGCUGUUAUAGUGCUAACGCUAGCUUGCAUUUUCUUAACACCUAAUAUACACCUGAGAAGGAAUAAGACGUAACUGUUAUCUGAAUUAGAGGGGUAACAUGCCUCAGACGCGGCGGUCACAGUCAUGGGCAGAGCUGAAACAAGCUGGUAACGACUGCUUUAAGACCGGACAAUAUGGAGACGCCAUCACUUUGUACGGCCAAGCCAUCGAGCUGCUGAAGAAAUCGGGGCAGAAGAACCAGGAGGAUCUCUGUAUUUUAUAUUCAAAUCGGGCAGCUGCUUACUUGAAAGAUGGAAAUUGCAGUGAAUGCAUUAAGGACUGCUCAGUAUCAUUGGAACUGGUUCCAUUUGGGAUUAAACCACUGUUACGGCGUGCUGCAGCUUAUGAAGCUAUGGAGAGAUACAGACAAGCCUAUGUAGACUAUAAAACAGCCUUACAGAUCAACUGCAACCUCCCUGCAGCUCAUGAUGGAACCAACAGAAUGACAAAAGCACUGACUGAGAUGGAUGGACCAUCCUGGCGAGAAAAGCUUCCUCCUAUCCCAAAUGUUCCCAUACCAGUAAAAGAGAAAUAUUUGCAAACAGCAAAUUCAACUGUGACUCCACAGCAGAACAACCUAGGUGGAAAUAAACAAAUGGGUGGAGAUGUGAAAAAGGCCAAACUGCUAAAGGAGGAGGGAAAUGCAUUUGUGAAGAAAGGACAGCAUAAGAAGGCAGUGGAGAAAUACACACAGUCUCUUAGCCAAGAUCCCACUGAAGUCACAACCUACACAAACAGGGCUCUGUGCUAUCUGUCACUACAAAUGUAUAAGGAAGCAGUAAAAGAUUGUGAGAAGGCUCUUGAGCUGGAUCCUGCUAACAUUAAAGCCCUGUACAGACGUGCACAGGCACACAAGGAGCUUAAGAACAAGAGAACUUGUGUGGAGGAUCUCAAUCGCUUGCUCAAACUAGAGCCCAACAACUCUGCUGCACAGAAGCUACUACAAGAAGCACUGAGGAUGAAAUAACCUUUUUCUUUCUGGCAAUACCUCAAGUGCCUCAAGUUAACAAUUCUCAGAUCUGCACCACUUCUUUGACAUAUUCAGACUUGUGUUAAUUAAAGAUGGACAAAAUAGAAGUGACAAAAUAAUUUCAUGUCCAAAUAUACUGAAUCAGUUUCUCUUCUGUAAAUCUAUGGGGUGUAUUGUCCUCAUAAGAGCAAAAUCAAUAUACUAAUAUAUCACAACUGUUUGUCAGAAAUGCACUCAUUUGUCUAGUAUUAUUUACUGUAUGGAACAGUAAGGGUUUGUAAUGUGAUUAUUAUAUACUUUGUCAAUCUUGUUUGGUAGGUAGCGAUUUUUACAUUUAUCAAGGUUCAGAUACACUGAAAACUUUUAAAUCUUGUAAAAACAGUAGUUACAUAUGUGCUCAUUUUUGUAUUUGGCUAGUUUAAGGAAAUAAAAAGUCUACUGAAAUCCCCCCUCACU